AUGUGGCCAAACAACGUGGGUAUCAAGGCGAUCGAAGUCUAUUUUCCGGCACAGUAUGUGGAUCAAACUGAUUUGGAGGAAUUCGACAAAGUUUCGGCUGGAAAAUACACUGUAGGCUUGGGUCAAUCGAAGAUGGGAUUCUGCAACGACAGGGAAGACAUUAAUUCCCUCUGUCUGACGGUGGUUCAACGACUAAUGGAACGGCACGGUGUAAAACCGCAAGACAUCGGAAGGCUGGAAGUGGGAACAGAGACGAUUAUUGACAAGAGCAAAUCUGUCAAGUCUGUACUCAUGCAAUUGUUUGAACCAUUUGGCUGCACGGACAUCGAGGGUGUAGAUUCGACGAAUGCCUGUUACGGAGGGACAGCCGCCUUGUUCAACGCAGUCGCCUGGAUAGAAAGCAGCUCCUAUGACGGCAGAAUGGCGCUUGUUGUUGCCGGUGAUAACGCAGUCUAUGCAAGCGGUAGUGCCAGGCCAACCGGAGGUGCUGGCGCGGUGGCUAUGCUGAUUGGACCGAACGCACCAAUAGUUUUUGACCGUGGGAUCAGAGCGUCUUACAUGAGACAUGCCUAUGAUUUUUAUAAGCCAGACCUAAACUCUGAGUAUCCCGUGGUUGAUGGAAAGCUUUCCAUUCAAUGCUACUUAGGUGCACUUGAUAAUUGCUACCAAAAAUAUUGUCAGAAAACCAAUGAGAAGAAUAUUAACGAGUCUAUAUCUUUGGCCAGUUUUGGAGCUGUGCUCUUUCAUUCCCCGUACUGUAAACUUGUUCAAAAAUCAUUCGCUCGGUUGGCGUUCAAUGAUUUUUUGAACGCUUCGAAAAGCGCUAUCGCCAACGACAAGUAUCAGGGCCUGGAGAAGUUUUCAGCUUUAAAAUUGGAAGAUACUUACUUUGAUAGGGAUGUAGAGAAAGCUUUUAUGACUUUGAGCAACAAAGAUUUUGCUGAAAAAACUAAGCCAAGUUUAUUGAUUGCUAGUCUCGUUGGAAACAUGUACACCCCAUCCGUCUAUUCGGGUCUAGUUUCUUUCCUCAUUAGUAAGCCGAUAGACCAGCUGGCUGGUACUAAAGUUGCGGUUUUCUCUUAUGGAUCAGGCUUAGCUUCGAGUAUGUACUCGUUAACUAUUGCCGAAGACGCGUCGUCUAAGUCUGAUUUAGAAAAGUUGGUGUCGCAUUUGUCAUACGUAAAGCCUCAGCUUGAGUCAAGGCGGCGCGCAUCGCCGGAAGAAUUUACUGGAGUCUUGGAACUCAGGGAAAAAAAUUGCCACAAAGCACCAUAUCAGCCUCAGAGCAGCAUUGAAAAUAUGUUUGAUGGCACGUAUUAUCUAGAAAGUAUCGAUGAGAAAUAUCGACGAACUUAUGGAAAAGUCACUAAGAGCAAAUAGUAUUAUAUUUACACCUCCAACGAGAAAUUUUUGUUUAAACAGAUUUAUUUAUCAAUUAUCAUUGUUGAUUAGCUGAUCGCUUUGUGCUUGUUGAGAUAUAGUAGAUACAUUUAAAUGCCAAUAUUUUUAAUCAUGGUCCUAUGAUUUUAAACCGAAUACAUAAUCUUUUGUUCCUGACAAUUGAUUAUUAAUAGUAAAUAAUUGUUAGCCAAGUGAGAAUGAAGCUCUGAGUGUCGUAUUUGUUUAAUUAGCGGCAUUUCGGCUUUUCUACUUGUAGAUAAAUAUUUUUUACCUUUACUCUGACCAAAACGUACAAAUGUUGUUUCAUCAGCGCAGCUAUCCGUGUUACAUACGCGAAUUGCUAUAUUCUUAUUGAAUUUCCAUUGAUUGUGGAAAAAUUAAUAUUAUACCGAACGAAUUAGGGUAUCAAGAAUUGUGAAUAGCGAGAAAAAUUUGAAUAAAAUUUUAUACGCUUGUACAGUAAUAUUAACAUGUUUUUUCUUUAUCGCUGUUUGUGAAUGUCUCAUCGACACCGAGGGGGCCAGUAUAUUUAACAAAAAGUUUAGUCAGUGGUAUUCACAGACGACCUAAAGAAUAUUUUGUACCAACAAUAUUGAUGUAAAAUGUCAGAUUAUAGAUAAAACUUGUUAUAAGAAACUUCAAGUUUCUUUUUACUAUCACGGCGGAGAUUUUGUAGUAUUUUGCAAGGUAACAAUGAUGCUUGCUAAUUUUCGGUUACAGCUCAAUCUUUUGUUGGAUAAUAAUACAAGAAUUUAUACAAACUGUUUAGUAACUUGUAUGAACUGACUUGUAUAACCCGUGGCUUGUCGGGAAACCUGGUAAAUUGACCUUUGACGAUUGUAUAAGAUUAUACAUUCAAUAACACGAUCAAGGCAAAAAAUAAAAGUGUCGGCAAAGUCCCAAUUGUCUGCAAGCCGCCGAAAAAAUGACUGCAUAAUUCGAUAAAGAUUUACUUUAUCGUUAUGUAAAUGAUUAGACAUUCGUUUACCUUGAUCCUUGCAAAACACGGGGUUCAAGUUAUUAACGUUAUCGUAACGAAACAUUGCGAAAAAAAUCACUAUUUUCUUAAUUAUACAAUGAUUUUGAACUAACUAAGAUUUCGAACUAUCAGUGUUUCGUUUUAUUACGGUUUACUGAAUUUCAAACAAUUCCAAAAUCGCGAAAUAAUGGUUUUUCCUUGGCAUGAAUCGUUAAGUUAAUGUUACUAACUUCAAUAUGAUUGCAAAACGCGAUAACGCGAUUUGUUCCUCAUACGUGUUACAUGGUACACAUUUUUCUUUUCUUUAUAUAGUCUUCGAAUGAUUUGUAGUACAUGACAUACGAUAAUUGUUUAUUAAAAAGAAUUUGAAUUUUA